AUGGUGAGGGAGCAGUAUGUCAACACCACCCAGGACAGCAGUGUCCCUGCCCCGGUCCCUGACUCAAUUUAUAAGAUCGGGAUCUACGGUUGGAGGAAGCGCUGCCUCUACUUGUUUGUCCUGCUGCUCAUUAUCAUCCUCACUGUGAACUUUGCCCUUACCAUAUGGAUCCUCCGGGUCAUGUGGUUUAACACGGAAGGGAUGGGACACCUAAAAGUAACAUCGGACGGAGUGAGGCUUGAGGACGGCGAGUCAGAGUUCCUCUUUCCUCUCUACGCCCUAGAGAUCCACUCCAGAGAGGACUCCUCUCUCUUGGUGAACUCGUCUGAAAACGUCACCCUCAAUGCCCGCAAUGAAAAGAAUGAUGUCACAGGAAGUCUCUCUGUAGGUCCAAAUGUGGCCCAGGGAAAUGCACAGAACUUUGUCAUCAGCUCCAACACCAAGAUGCUGUUUUCUGCUGAUGACAAAGAGGUGGUUGUUGGGACAGACAAGCUCCGUGUCACAGGUCUAGAAGGUGCCCUGUUUGAACACUCUGUAGAGACGCCCCUGCUCAAAGCUGAGCCCUUCAAAGACUUGAGGCUGGAGUCUCCAACCCGCUCUCUCAGCAUGCAUGCACCAAAGGGAGUCUUUGUCAAAGCACUGGCCGGGAACAUCGAGGCUGCAUCUAACAUGGACUUUCUAUUGCACUCCAGUGAAGGACUGGUGAUUCUGGAUGCCGAGACGGUGCGUCUGCCUAAUCUCCCCCUGGGACAAGGAGGUGUGUCUGGAAACGCUCAGGGACUCUACGAAGUAUGUGUUUGUCCCAGCGGAAAGCUGUUCCUGUCCAAGGCCGGGGUCACCUCCACGUGCAGUGAAAGCCAAGAGUGCUAG